CGUGAGGCGGAAGUUGCCGACAGUCUUCCGGGAAGGGCCGAAGGGGGCUGUCCGUUGCCGUCCGACACACUCACACACUCACGCACGAACAGAGCCCGCAGUAGGGAAAAGCGGCGGCGCUCUGAGGCGGGGCGGCCCCAGUUUCUUGGCCCCUUCGCUCCUUCCUUCUCUUUCUCUCCUCUCUCUCUUUUCUCCCCCUCGCUCUUUCUCCUCUCCCUGCCCCGCUCCCUCCCUCUCUCCCCUCCCUCCAUCCCCGCCCCGGCCGCCCCGUCCCUCUCGGCCGACCCCGGCGGGCCACUCCGGGCCAGACCAGGCCAGGCCUCGGGAGUCGCUUCCUCCGCCGCCGGCGCCCCCCUCUUCCCUCUUUCCCCCUCUUUCUCCUCCCCCCCGUCCUCCCUCUCACCCCCCACAAGACGGGCCAGGCCGGGCCUCGGUAGCCGGGUGGGAGAAGCCCCGGCCGGAAGGGCGAGAGACCAGCCUGCCAUCCCUACGCCGCCGCCGCCAGCCAGCCAGUCAGGAUGAUCAAGCUUUUCUCGUUAAAGCAGCAGAAGAAGGAGGAGGAAUCGGCCGGCGGCACCAAGGGCUCCAGCAAGAAAGCCUCCGCCGCGCAGCUCCGCAUCCAGAAAGAUAUUAAUGAAUUGAAUUUGCCGAAAACAUGCGAAAUAGACUUUUCAGACCAGGAUGACCUCCUCAACUUCAAGCUAGUUAUCUGCCCUGAUGAGGGCUUCUAUAAAGGUGGGAAAUUCGUUUUCAGUUUUAAAGUGGGGCAAGGAUACCCACAUGACCCACCCAAGGUGAAGUGUGAGACCAUGGUGUAUCAUCCCAACAUAGACCUAGAAGGCAAUGUCUGCCUAAAUAUCCUCAGAGAGGACUGGAAGCCUGUACUAACAAUAAACUCUAUAAUUUAUGGCCUGCAGUAUCUCUUCUUGGUGAGUAUAUGUGAAGUUGAAAGUAGAAAAUGCAGGGGGGGAAGUCUUUCCUCACUUGGGCCUGAGCAAAAAGUGUGGGUGUAGGAAUGGGAGACACAUGGCACAGAAGGUAGAAGAAAUGCAGCUCUGGCUUGAUGAUUUUGUGGGUGUUAGUGUGAGACAGGGUGUGCAUAAAGUAAAGGCAGUUUUGGCUUUAUAUAGUUGUGCUUGGGCAGGAUGUGUGUAUUGUGCUGUCUGUCAGCCUGCAGGAAUAGCUUGAGAUGGGGUUUUGCCUUUGUACAGCAGUGUACUUGACAGUUUUGGCAAAGAAGUGUUAGGAGGCCUUGCUCUGACAGCCUCUGAUCCAGGGUAGAUUGACGUAAACCAGUGUUCUCCAUCCUUGUGUCAUUAGAUGCCAGUGAACUGCAACUCCCAUAUUCCCCAACCAUUUUCGCCAAUGAUGAGAAAUAAGAGUUGUUGUCCAGUAACAUCUGGGAGCCCAUGGUUGAAGGGCACUGACUAAAAUGUUGUUUUAGCUUCCUAAUACAUUUAUUUCCUAAACAGUUAUGCAUACUAAUAUGUGGUUGUAACAGUGAAAACAUACCUGUUUGUAAUAAGAUGAAGCCCCAGGAGUAUAAUCUGGAAAGCUCUCGUCAUCCACCCCCUGAUGCAUUUUCCACUACAAAAUCUAUUAGUGCAGUCUUGUGCAUGUUUACUAAAAUUCAAGUCUCGCUAUGUUAAUGGGGUUUUCUCCUAGGUAAGUAUACACAGAAUUUCAGUCUCUCCUUAAAUCAGGGACAGUUCGUAAAAUUAAGUAGUUUUGUUUAGCUUUCCAUACAUGUGUAAGGACACACAAAUGACUUCCCUGGUGACCAAGUACCACCAACAUUUCGUAUGCAAAGGGUGGUAGUUACUGGGCAGAAAGUCUAAAUACUCACCGUGCAUACAAUAAAUACAUUCCAGAAGCAAUGAUGCCUGUAAUGCUGGUCUGCAAGUUACCCACAUUUUUUGCUCUUGGAUUAUACUUUUACAUAGAAAAUUAAGCUUUAAUUCAUUGCUUUUAAUCUGGGAUUCAGCUUUAAAAGACCUGUUUGUAUUACAUCAAUAUUUAUUUAUUCUAUUGUAUUCUGAAAAAUCAGGUUAUUUUAAAGGGGUGCUUAAUAAAACUUUUUAAAAACUGAUUUUAAAUGUUUUUGCUGUUUUAAGGCAUUUUUUAUACAGCCUGAUUUGCGUGGACCGCAAUACAGCUGGCGCUACUGUUCCUCUGGGUUGUGCCUCUCAUCCCUUCUGACAACUGUAGAUCUUGUUGUCAUGCCCCCCCCCCAGCAUAGUUUUCAGAAAGCAAAUGAUACACCAUAAUGUCUCAUAACUCCAGACCCAGACGUGCCAUGCUUUUUGGUCUUUUCUGUGCUUUUGGAGCUGAAUUGGAGAGUUGUGACCAUUUCCCCCCUCAAAUAAGCUUGGAGCUUCUUUGCUCCAGGGAAUGGGGAAGCUGAAACUGACCCAGUUAUUCGAUUACAACUCUCAUUGGCAGGGUGAGAGGCAGAGGAACAUUUGAGGUCAUGUGCCGUAAAAGCCUUGGUUGACCUUGUGUCCAAAGAGUGUAGAGGAAGAGGGUGUAGCACACUGUCUCCUAGGAGACAGAUUCAUGCUGAGAGGCUGGCAUCUCUCAGGUGGUGUGGGCUGUUUCUAGGCAGAUUCAAGCCUCUCCUGGAAACCAUCCCUUCGAGUGCUUUCAUUAGGUCAGGAGGCAAAGUGCCAUCAGUUCCUACAUUUGUGAUCAUUGCUACUUCUGUAGGCUUGCUGAUGUAUAUCCCCCCCCCCCCCCAGUUCCUUGCAUGAAGUCUUUCAGAGGCCCUGUGGACUUACUUUGCCCCACUCAUUUUCUUUUGUAUUCCCCUCCCUGCUAAGUGCAAGAGGUGAUGCUGGAAGGCGAUGCUACAUUAGGAUAGCCUCAAAUGUUCUCUCUGUUUGACGGGGAGGGUUGCUAUCAUAACAAGAGAACCUCAGCCCCUGGAGCAAUGCAAACCCAUAGGUUGGAAGCCUCUUCUCAUCACUGAAACUGAAGGCCACUUGAUUCACUAGAGACAGAACCCGGGGUUCUGUUUGUGCUGUUGGUGGGAUCAAGUUGUAAAUGGUGGCAUAGGAAGGGCUUUGCCACUUGAUUAUGCUGACUUAUAGGCUGUUAAUACAACAGCUGUUAAUAGGCUGUUGCUGUGUCUUUUCUAGCUGCUUAUCCAAGGCAUGGUUUUAGGGAAUGCCUUCAUUUUCCUUCGUAUUGGAGGGAAAUUGCUUGAGGAAAUGGAAUCGAUUCUUCAGGAGAAGUUGGGCAUCAGCCACACUGAUGAAAAUGGUGUGCAGAUGAUGUUAAUAAGAUAUCAAACAGUGUUUGGCUUGCUGCAGAGCAUGUAGUGAAACCCUGCUAUUAAACUUGCAUGGUUUUUCUCUGUAGGUGGGCCUACUCUUGGGUCUGGAUUGAUCUGCCAACCAAUUGAUCUUCUUGCCCCUCAAUGCAAGAGUUGAAUGCUACCUUUUUAGCUAGUUCCAGUUCUGUCGGAAUAAUUAUACUAAAAGUGGUGAUGCUCCCAGUUCUUGUUUUAGCCCACCAAUCUUAAAUGUGCCUUAGCUUCAAUGUUUAUCUUUCACUUCUCCAGCUGUAUUCCCUGAAGCUCCUCUCGUUAUUCCUAGAACAGGCAAGGGGAAUCUCUAGCCUCUGUGCCGGACUAGGUGCUCCAGGGUCCCUAAUUCCACUUCAGAGAUUGCUUUUCCUCAGCCACAUCCACCUGAAGUUGAGUGGCAUUAACUGUUGGGUAGCUAAAGCUUGUCUGCAAAGGAACAACCAGGAACCUUCGAUUGCACUCCUGCUUUUCUCCAUUGCCAGCAUGGCUUGUGCUUGGUGCCUUCUGAAUUCAGCACUGAAAGUUAGCUCUGCUGAGAUAGGCUCCAUUUGGGAGCUCCCAGUAGGAGUCCCUAAGUGGAGCUGAUCACUGCCAAUUCAGCUCUGAAUUUAAACACUGCCAAAUGCAAGUUCCUCUGACAAGCAACAAUUGGGAGUGCAUGGCUUAGAGCACAUUCCCUGUUGUUUCUUUGCAGUGGGACUUGGGUGCAGUUCAAAUUCAGUGUUCAGUGCAAACCCUGCUUCUUCCUGGCAAACACUGGUCAGCCUGAUAUCAUUUGACUGGUGAUUGACAGCUGGAUGGACUUGCCCAUCCAUUAAAAGUGGCCCACGUAGGGAUGGCUGCUUUUGGAUUCACCCUGCCUGCUCAAAGGGAUUCUCCACCCCUGCUCUAGAACAUCAGGUAUUCACCUUGGACCAUGAGUAAGGCAUCUGCACUCCAGUAUGGAAAUGGGGAUUUGUGAUGGGCGGCGGAAAGAGUUGAGUGAGCCCCAGGCAGCUCUGUAAACUGGUAACAGAACAGGAAUGCGGGUUGGCAUUUAAUCUUGCAUCUGACGAAGUGGACUCCAUGAAAGCUUGUGCCAUAAACAAGUCCUUGUCUUUGAAGGUGCUGCAAAUCUCUUUUGCAUUUAAUAAUAGAGCUUUUCCUCCCUCC